CUAUUCCCCAAUCUCAGACCAUGAGAACAGCGGCCGCUGCGAUCUGCCGCGAGAUCUGGACGUCUUGGCACAGAGACGAGCUUUUAAUGAGGAAUGGAAAAAAUGACUAGCUGUUUCUGUGCAGGUGGAAAAAGGUUAACACAACUCGCCUGUCAGAUCUCGUUAUAAAAAUGUCCAUAGAAUGGAGGAGAAAACAUACAAGACAGAAAAGAAUGACCGAAAACAAAAUGUUUGAUGACCACAUUCCCAUUCAUGAUGAGUUCAUCUACUGCCUUGGAGCUGCUACACAAGUUCUUAAAUUUGGACCAUGGAAGGACUUGAAGAAAACCACAGAUGAUUGCCCUCCAGAAAUUCUGUUUCUUGUCAUUCCUGGUAAUCCCGGAAUUGUAGGAUUUUACAGAACAUUCAUGGAGUCCCUGUAUUGCGAUUAUAACAAGAAAUACCCUGUAUGGGCCAUUAGCCAUGCUGGUCACUGUUCACCUCCUCCAGGAAUGGACAUAUCUGAUGACUCGGUCCAGACAGAAGAUGUGUUUGGCCUUAAUGGACAAAUCGAACAUAAGCUGUCUUUCCUGCAGCAGAAUAUUCCAGCUAAGAUUAAACUGAUUCUUAUUGGUCAUUCCAUUGGAUGCUAUAUCAUAUUGGAGAUGAUGAAGCGAUUACCUGGUCUUAAGGUUUUAAAGUCAAUUUUGCUGUUUCCUACUAUUGAAAGAAUGGCCCAGUCACCGCAAGGCAAGAUCAUGACUCCGAUUCUUUGCAGCUUGCGAUACAUUGUCUACAUGCCUCUGUACCUGCUCUCUUUCUUGCCAGAAGUCGCAAAGGCAUCGCUGGUGAAGUUUGCCCUGCGUGGAAUUAAAUCAGUGGAUGAAGCUUCAGUGACUGCUUCGCUGGACCUCUUCAGGGUGGAAUGUUCUGUAAAUGCCAUGUACAUGGGAAGUCAAGAAAUGCUAAAGGUCUUAGAGAGAGAUGAUGACACUAUUGAGUACAAUUUAAACAAGCUAAUCUUCUACUACGGGGCCUCUGACCACUGGUGCCCGGUCCAGUAUUAUAAAGACCUGAAGAAGGACUUUCCUGACGGUGAUAUCUGGCUGUGCAGUAGAGGAAUCAGACAUGCUUUUGUUCUGGACUCUAGCAAAGAAGUAGCCUCCAUUAUCAUAGACAUGUUAGGAAAGGUACUAUAAGUACAUUGUAUUAAAAAACACCUGUACUGAAGUAAUAGACAGAGUGCUGUCAUGGAGAUGGGAAGGUAGACACUCUAAUUGGUUUUACUAAUAAUAAAUAUAAUCUAAUACUGAUUGACUCUAGAUCCCCCACAAUCAGUCAUUAAAAAACGUUUGUAAAGCUGGUUUGGAAUCACUGGUAUCAUACAGGAUAUAGUUCAUAAAAUUCUACCUCCUGUCUUAUGCCUAGUACACACGUACGGGAUUCCCGGGGGUAAAAAGUCAACCGGGAAUCCCGAGGGGAGAACCUGCUCGUUAAGUUUUUCCCCCUACACACAAGAGGUUUUCCCGACAGGAAAACUGCGUUGGAGCUUUGGUCAGGAAUACCG